AUGGCCUCCACGCAGGUUCAUCCGGGCAGCUUUACCCACCCCGGCGGCAAGAUCUCCAAGUCGCGGAGUCGCACUGUGGUCAAGCCCAUCCUCAAGAAGCUGCACUCUCACCACUCGGAGCGUGAGUCGCUCGACCUCGACCGUGGCUGGGACGACCAGCCCUCGCCGGGCCUUGCCGUCGGCCCUGACUUUGGCACCUACGACAGCGACGGAUCCUACCAGUACUCGAUUCCAAACAGUCACGGUGCCAGAUCCGCCCGCGAUGUGAGCUUCUCCUUGUCCGCAUCCGACAUGACGGGCUCCGGCCUGGGCGUGGCACCGCGCUCCAAGUACUCCCAUGUUCGAUCAACAAGCGGCAACUCGCACACCUCGUCCAUUGCAACUACCACCAGCGGCCGUAAUGGCGGCACCUUCGUCCACCCCUUCCAGCAGCAGCCGCAUGCCUCGACGCCUCCACUGUCCUAUGCCAACUCGAGGACCUCCUUCGAGAACGGCGUGCCAACCGGUUACUCUCCCACCAUCACCGAGGACGACGCCGACGUCGAUCCGUACUCGUCCUUCCACUCUGCUUCCACCGCUCCUCGCCCGGCGCUGUACCAGUCCGCCUUUUACCAGCAUCCUAACCAUCGCCGCCCUUCCAUGGCCAGCCAGCGUACCAGCUCGCUUUCGGAUGGAACCCAGACAACGCGGCUACCUGCUCCUCGAUCCAACUCGGGCACGACUCGCCCGCUGGCGCCCCCGUCUCUGAAUCAGAGCAGGUCGGAACUGGAUUCCAGCGCUUUGUCUUCCCUGGCCGUCGACUCCCCUCUCUCAUCAACCGCUCCAUUGGCAACUGCCGGCACAAUGCUGUCUUCCACACAGACCCAGGCCAGUGCAACUUCAACCUCGGCUGCGCCCCUGUCGCCGCUGCGCAGCUCGCUGGACAUGGGCGUGUUCCGUCUGCGCUCCCGAAGCGAGGUGGACACCUUCACUCACCAGGAGCAGGUCCGUGAAGCCCGCCGCAAGUUCGAGGCCAAGGAGCGCGCCAAAGAUGAGAAGUAUGCCAAGGAGCAGCUUCGUAAACGAGAACGUGCCGAAACCAAAGAGGCACACAAGCUUGAAAAGUCACAUACUCGGCUUCGCAAAGGCAGCGCGGGUCACGGCAGCGUCUCGAGCAGCACCAUGUCUAGCGGCACCGACCUCCGAAUCUCCUCCUCAAGAAAGCGCGGCGCAAUGUCGGAAGACAGCCGCGAGAAGAUAGAGUUUUCCUCUUUUGGCUACAACAGCACGCACGGUGGGCAAACGGCUCCCUCUAGGGCCGACGAGGUACAUUUCACGUCGCCAAAAAGAACCAAAACCGCCAAGCACAAGACCAUGGGCGUCUGGACCGCCUUUGUGUUGUGGCUUCGGACUCGUCUGCUCAAGAUCGGCAGACGCUAG